AUGAAGCCCGCCCCCGCCCGCCCCGCCCCCGUCCGCCCGCCCGCCCCGCCCGCCCGCCCGCCCGCCCCCGUCCGCCCGCCCCCGCCCCCGCCCCCGCCCGCCCCCGCCGCUGUUACAUUCACUAAAGCCACAUUCUGGGUUUUUGUGUUUCAGCUGAACGACACUGGGGUCACUGGGGUCACUGGGGUCACUGGGGUCAGCGUGUGGUUCCGUUUGGCGUCGGCAUUCCGUCGGCCAUGUUUCUCUGACAUCACCAGACUCCGCCCCCUCUCCCCUCCGGUCCCGCCCCCACCCAACAUGGCGCGCCGUGAUUGGCCGUCGCUCCUGUGCUUCCUGUGCGUCUCCAUGGCAACCGCGGUGAUGUCAUCGAUCCCCACAGACCAGGAGCCAAUCAGCAUCGUCUCCUGGGAACGGGCUUUGAGGUUCCCGUGUUUUCUUGGUUCUCUUCAGGACAACGACACUCAGAGACUCGGUUUGGAUUUUCAGAGAAUGACCCGAGUCCAACACCUGCUCUACAUCGCUGCCAGAGAUCACGUUUUCGCCAUGAACUUGUCAACGGCGGCAGAAAACUUCGUGCCUCAGACGAGUUUGACCUGGAAAUCUAAAGACGUGGGAAAGUGCACCGUGCGAGGAAAGAACAGCGACGAGUGUUAUAAUUACAUCAAAGUUCUGGUUCCUAAAGACGACUCGACUCUCUUCGCCUGCGGCACCAACGCCUUCAACCCGACCUGCAGGAGCUACCAGAUCCGGUCGCUGCAGCAGGAGGGAGACGAUGUGAUUGGUCAGGCCCGGUGUCCCUUCGAGUCUGGACAGUCCAACGUGGGAAUCUUCGCCGGGGGAGACUUUUACUCGGGGACCAUGACCGACUUCCUGGCGUCGGACGCUGUGAUUUACCGAAGUUUAGGCGACGGACGCCCGGUGCUGCGGACCGUCAAAUACGACUCCAAAUGGCUCCGAGAGCCUCACUUUCUUCACGCCAUCGACUUUGGAAACUACGUUUACUUCUUCUUCAGAGAAAUCUCCGUAGAGUACACGGCCCUGGGAAAGGUUGUGUUUUCUCGUGUGGGUCGAGUUUGUAAAAAUGAUGAUGGAGGUUCUCCCCGAGUCCUGGACCGACACUGGACCUCCUUUCUCAAGGCUCGUUUAAACUGUUCUGUUCCUGGAGAUUCGUUCUUUUACUUUGACGUUCUUCAGUCGAUCACAAACGUUCUGCAGAUUCAAGGGCGCCCCACUGUGGUCGGAGUCUUUACUACACAGACCAACAGUAUUCCGGGCUCGGCCGUCUGCGCCUUCUUCAUGGACGACAUCGAAAAUGUUUUUAACGGAAAAUUUAAAGAACAAAAAACCUCAGACUCGUCCUGGACCCCGGUCCCCGAGAACCAGGUCCCAAAACCCAGGCCCGGUUCUUGUGCUGGAGACCCUCCCGCUGAGGACUUCAGGUCGUCGGUUCAGUUCCCAGACCAGGUCCUGAGCUUCAGUAAAAGUUUCCCCCUGAUGGACCCGAGUGUCUGGUCUGUGCUGCAGCGCCCCCUGUUCACCCAGACCAGCUCCAGGUCCAGACUCUCGUCUUUGGCCGUGGACGUCUCCGCUGGACCUCACUGGGACCAGACCGUCCUGUUCCUCGGUUCUGAAGACGGAAAAGUCCUCAAGGUCCUCCUCAAGUCCCAGAACCAGACCCUGAGUCCGGUCCUGCUCGAGGAAAUCCCGGUCUACAACCGGCUCAGGUGUGGUGUUCGGGGUCAGUCUGACAGUCGAGUUGUGUCUCUGGAGUUGGAUCGGGAGAAUCGUGGUUUGUUCGUGGCGUUCAGGAGCUGCGUGAUUCGCAUUCCAGUGAGCCGCUGUGAGGAACACCUCACCUGUCACAGGUCCUGUUUGGCGUCUCAGGAUCCGUACUGCAUCUGGCUCCGGACCGGACGCUGCGAGAACUUCUCCCCCGGAUUCAAGGCGGGGUUCGAGCAGGACCUGGAUGGAGAUCCUUCGCUCUACACAGAUCCAUGUCACGGCAGCGUCAUGGCAACGACCAGGAACCACGACUCCGCCGACGCCGCCUACGGCGUGGGUUCCCUGUCGGACUCUCACGUUCACUACACGCUCCUCGUGGCCUGCGUUCUCGUGGCGUUCUCGCUCGGCGCCGUUUUGUCCGGGUUCCUGGUUUCCUGUUACUGCCGAGGCCCCGCCCACCGAGCCACGCCAUUGGCCAAAGACCCGGAGGCGUCGUUACCUCACGCCCUUUCUCUGCGCUCAUUGGCCAAACUCAACGGGCUCCUGGACCAUCCCAGCAAGGAGCGGUUGGACGUGUCCAGACUUUACUCGUCUCUGGUGAACGGGUCCGAGUUGAACCUGGUGCCUCCUCCAGAACCUCCUGUGGGGGGCGCCGCCGAGCUCCGCCUCUCCCAGACUCUGUCUCAGGCCGAGGAGGAGUUUGAGUCGACGUUACCGACCCCAGAGACCAGCCCCAGACCCGGACGCUCCCAGAGUCCAGACCAAGACCAGGACCUGGACCAGAGCCAGGACCAGGACUACAGCCGGGAUCAUAACCAGAUCUGCCCCAGCGCCCCCUCAGGCUCCGCCCCCUCAGGCUCCGCCCCCUCGUUCGUGGCGUUCGUGGGACACUCGUCCGUGUUCCAGACGGCAGCGUGUAAGAGCGACAGCGUCCUGACCAACGGGGCGGCGCCGUUCGGCGACAGGAGGACGGCCAAUCAGGAGCCGGCGUCCUCGGGGGGCGGGGCUUACCUCCACCAAUCACAGACGCUGCCUCAGGCCGACGUGUCGGCGCUGGACGAGCUGCUGCGGCACAUCCACGAGGUCAGCGCUUCAGGAACUGGAGGAAUCAAAGUCCUGACGUCGACGUCGUCGUCGGGUUUGUACCCGCCGCUCCACCCCAACCACCCCCACCUGCACCUGCCGCCCCGAGCCCCGCCCACGGCCCCGCCCCCUCACACCAGCACCACGCGCACCCACCACUACGGCCCCAAACCCCCCGACCCCGCCCACCACCCGACCCCGGCGCCGGCCAAACUCCUGGACCCGCCCCUCGGCUCCAAACGCCACGCGGGCCACGCCCCCCGACAGCUCGUCAAGAUGCCCGCCGCGCCCAGGACGCCCGGCCUCGCUCAGACCCCGGUCCAGACCCAGGUCCAGACCCAGGUCCAGACCCAGGUCCAGACCCAGGUCCAGACCCAGGCCGGGUUUUUGGCCCACAUGAACACGAACAGCAGCAGUAACGGUCCGGGCGGCGGCGGUGGCGGCGGCGGCGGCGUCAGAGCGGCGGUGAGUCUGACGCGGCAGCACAGCUACAGCGAAGGCCCCAAGAGUCACAGAGUCGCCGUGAGGCGGAGCCUGUCGCUCAAGCCGCAGAUCCCCCCGAAACCGUUGUUCCUGCCCAACGCCGCCACGCUCGCCGAAACGCUCACGGAAACACUACCGGAGACGCUCACGGAGCGACUCACGGGGACGAUGACGGAGACGAGAGCGACGGAGCGGCGAGUCGAGCGGCGAGCGCCGGAGCGGCGAGCGACGGAGCGGCGAGCGGGCGACAGACGAGAGAAAUAA